AUGAAGUAUAAAAAUUUUUUAUUUAUUUAUUUUGUAUUUUUAAUAUAUAUCAAUAUAUCUUUUGCUAAAAAGAAUAAAAAUUCAGAAGAUAUCAAACCUCCUCAAAUUUAUGAAUUAGAAUUAAAUGACCAUUAUCCAAAUUAUAUAGAAUUCACUUUAAUAGGUCAAUUUUCAAAAGAAAAAACAGGAUUUUCUUUAUAUUUCGGAAAUGAUAAGGUAACUCUUUAUAAUUUUGAGAAAGGUGAUGUCAAGAUUCUAAAUGUUACAUCAACACCAGAUCAGACUAUAUCACCAACACCAGACAACACAACACAAACACCGAACCCAACCCCAUCCCCAUCACCAACAGAAACUAAUAAGCCUGAUAAUGAAACCCAAGCUCCAAAAGAAACAGAGAAGCCAGAGAAAGAAUCAAAAAAUAAAUCAAAAGAAGAAUCUGAAGAGGAAACAUCUAAACCAAAAAAGCAUUCUAAUAAAAAAUUAAAGACUAGUCAUUUGCUUCAAAAGAAGAAUGAUAAAAAACCCAAAAAAAACAAUAGCUCUCAAGAGUCAACAAAAGAACAUGAAACUGAUAAACCAUCUCCAACUCUCUCACCAAGUACCUCACCAAGCUCUUCCCCAAGUGUUUCCCCAAGCUCUUCCCCAAGUGUUUCCCCAAGCUCUUCCCCAAGCUCUUCACCAACUACCACACCUACACCUACAGUACUUGUACAAGAAAACGAUAGAGUAUCAUUUAAUAUAACAAGCUUUGUAUCUUUUAAAUCAAUUAAUAUUACUAUUCGUUAUAAAAAUGGUAUGGAAGCAAGAGUUCCAUUUACUUUAGAAUCUAUUAUUUCAUCCAUUACCCGUGUUAAUAAUACUGGUGGCAUUGUGGAUAUCAAAGGCCGUUUCAUUUUAAAUAUAAUUGAUCAAGAUUCCAGUCCACCAGAGGUUAAAAUAGGCUCAAAAACAUGUGAAUUAGUUUCAUUCUCCACUUCAGUUAUUAGAUGUUAUUUGCCAAAUGGGUCAGCUUGUCAAAAUUCAAUUUCUAUUAAAAAUAUACAAUCAUUUAAUUCAACUAAAUAUGAAUACUGUUAUUCAAACCCAAUUAUUGACCGUGUUAUCGGUAUUCCAAACCAACCACAAACACCACAUACAAAAGUAAUAACUAUUCUCGGUCACAACUUUAAUCAAUCUCCACAGGUUUAUUUAGAAAAAUCAUCUAAACUAUUUGUUGAGAGAAAGAAAUGUGAAAAUAGAAUAAACAGUGAUACAAUUAUAGUAUGUGAACUCAACACCACUUAUACAGUCGUCGAAAGAAAAAAUUCAAAACUAUUACAAACAGAACCAGGAAAUGACCAAAUUCAUUACAGUUUAUUCGUUUUAAAUGUACCAGGAAAUAUAUCCAUAGACCAAGCCAAGGUCAUUCCAUUUUACAGUAAUAUUGUUGGGGAAUAUGAUUUCAAUAAACAACAAUCUCAAAACUCUGGUUCAUCAUCAUCUUCCCCAUCUUUAGAUUUUGACUUUAAAGAAGAAAAAGUAGAUAAAAAUAACAAAAAUAACAGUGGCGGUAGUAAUUAUGAAGAUGCAAAAUUCUAUCUUUUAAUUAUAAUUCCAUCAGUAUUAUUUAUUGUAAUUGUUGUAUUAAUUGCAGUAUUUAUCAAAACAAGAGCAAAGGGUAAAGAUAAAAUUCCAUUUUUGGUUUUAAAUGACAUUGGUACUGGUAAUGAAAUUCAUUACAAUGAAAAAAUCCAAAUAAUCAAUUGUACAUACGACUCAAAUAAUUAUAUUAAUAAUAAUAAAAUAAUCGAAAAAUUUAAAUAA